AUGGCGAAUGACCGUUCCGCAAGCCGGGUGCCACCAGCAGUACGAAGUCUGGCUAUCAAUAACGGGCGGCGGGCUUAUGCAAAGCGGACCAUGUUGUCUCUAGCUGAGUUGACAGGGGGGCUGGAAUCAUCUCGUCUCCUGAUCAUCGGUAUUGAUAGUGAGGGUAUCCUGCAGAUGAAUGAGCCUGUGAGUUUUGUCAUCAAGAUGCCAAACGGCCGACAGAAAUAUCGAGCUGACGGUUGCUACUCAGUCUGUCACCCCGGCCAACGACAUGGACUUUCGUCACAACGUGAUUGUGCCGAAAGAUCUCGCCGCCAGAAUGACCAUAGCGUCAGGAUAUAG